AUGACUGUUAUAGCUAAUUUAGCGAUCACAACCACUAACUCUGGUGGAAGAUCUCUAUCGUCACAAGAUCGACUGGGUCUUGUUAAUACUCUUACUGAUACCCAAUGGGAAACCAUUGUUGAAAUGCUUAAAAUUUCAAAUAAUGAUUCGAAGGAGAAACUCUCUGGUAAAUGGAUACUUGAUACAGGGGCUUCACGACAUAUGACAGGAAGUAAGGAGUUUUUAUUUAAGACUCAUAAAAUAGGUUUUUCUUCCGUAAAGCUUCCGAAUGGCACAUACUCUCAUGCUCCUUGCGAAGGCACUGUGGUGUUCGAAAACAAUAUGAAACUAUAUCUUUUUUUAUUCCUUCCUGAUCUCCGGGGCAAUUUGAUUUCUUUAGCAUGUUUAAUUAAAGAUUUAAAAUGUAUUGUCACUUUGACUGAUAAGUUAUGUGUGAUACAGGACCGUACUACGAGGACGGUGAUUGGUGUAGGUGAGGAACGAGACGGGGUCUAUAUCUUCCACAGUGGAACGCUCAUUACGGCAAAUCGAGUAUCUGCUGAAGAAGAUUAUUGUUUGUGGCAUAGACGUUUAGGUCAUGCGUCUAAUAAGGUUAUUUCUUUACUUCCGUGUACAAAUAAAGUUGAUUGUCAGAAAUUUCUUGAUGAACCCUGUGAUAUUUGCUUUAAAGCUAAACAAACUCGGACAUCGUUUCCUUUUAGUGAGACUAAAGCAGAUGACUUCUUCCAUUUAGUACAUUGUGAUGUUUGGGGUCUCUAUCGUACUCCAUCUUCUUGCGGUGCACAUUAUUUUCUUACCAUUGUCGACGAUUAUUCUCGUUGUGUUUGGGUUUAUUUGAUAGCACAUAAAACUGAGGUGGUGCAAAUUUUUCAGAAUUUUUGUGCUAUGGCUAGGACGCAAUUUGAUAGACAAGUUAAGAAGGUGCGCAGUGAUAAUGGUACAGAAUUUCUUCCAUUAAUCCCAUUUAUUACUAAACAAGAUAAUAAUAAUGAUGAAGAAUGUCAAAUUGAGUUGGAGAGGAGGUUGGAAAUUUUUGGAGAACAUCCAGACUCAUGGUUGUGUGACAGUACUUCUAAUCCGGGUGGUUCUUCAUGUACAGGCGGACAUAAUUCACCAGGAAAUAACAGUGCAGCUACUCCAAGCAGUAAUGACCAGACGGUGUCUGGUAAUGAUCGAACAACUGUACCAGGCAGUAAGGAAAUGGAACAGAAUUUGUCUAUUGUCCGGUAUUUAUCUCCUAGUGAACGAGACUUAUCAGCUGUACAAAAUUUGUCUCCUAUUGACAGCACCACUACUCAAGCAGGUGAGGUAAUGAAUUUGUUUUGUAGUGCCAUAAGUGGAAUAGUCACAGCCAAUGACAAAAUUCCAAAAGUUAGUGACAAAACAAUCAGGGGAUCAUUAGUGAAUUCAAGGGAUGGUUUUAUCUCAUCUGGGCCCCAACAAAGCAUGUCAGAUGUUACAGAAAGACAAGAUGUAGCUGUCCGUUAUGCUUCUGAUGCAACUUUAUCUGCUGAAACCGCAAGUGAUGUUAUUAGAGAUAAUUCUGAUAAGGCAGUUCGACGUAGUUUUUUGGCGGCUAUUACUACUCUUAAAGAACCAACCAGCUAUGCCGAAGCUGUGAAACUUCCAUGUUGGCGCGUCGCCAUGGCUGAGGAAAUUGGUACUCUUGAUAAAAAUGGCACAUUAUCUAUUACUGAUCUUCCGCCAAGGAAAAAGGCUAUUGGCUGUAAGUGGGUUUACAAAAUUAAAUAUAAUUUUGAUGGUAGUGUAGAAAGAUAUAAAGAUCGAUUGGUUGUUCUUGGUAAUAGACAGGUUGAAGGAGUUGAUUACCAUGAAACCUUUGCUCCCGUAGCCAAAAUGGUUUCGGUUAGAACUUUUUUGGCAGUCACAGUGGCUCAAGAUUGGGAGUUGCACCAAAUGGAUGUUCACAUUGCCUUUCUACACGGAGAUCUUGAUGAGGAAGUAUAUAUGCAACUUCCUCCAGGCUAUUCGACUACUUCUUCGGGCAAAGUAUGUCGUCUUCACAGAUCCCUGUAUGGUCUUCGUCAAGCUCCACGUAAUUGGUUUUCUAAGCUUGCAAGUGCUCUUAAGGCUUUUGGAUUUAUACAGUCUUAUGCUGAUUACUCUCUAUUUACUCUACGACAAGGUGAGAAUUCUAUUAACGUACUUGUUUUUGUUGAUGAUUUGAUUAUUGUUGGGAAUAAUUCCGCUGCUAUUGCUACUUUUAAGACAUACUUAAGUCGGUGCUUUCAUAUGAAAGAUUUAGGUCCUCUCAAGUAUUUUUUGGGUAUUGAAAUAUCUCGAGAUGAUGGACCUUUGUAUUCAGAUUCAUCUCAGUAUCGCCGACUUAUUGGACGUUUGAUAUAUUUGACAAUUACGCGUCCUGAAUUGUGUUAUUCGGUACAUGUAUUGGCUCAAUUCAUGCAAUCUCCUCGAGUUGCACAUUGGGAAGCUGCUCUUCGAGUUCUUCGUUAUCUUAAGAGUCAUCCGGGUCAAGGAAUUGUUCUACGUAAGGACAGUGCUCUUCAACUUAUUGCUUAUUGUGACUCUGAUUGGGCCUCCUGCCCUCUUAGUCGUCGUUCUCUUACCGGGUAUUUUAUAUUUUUGGGAGGCUCGCCUAUAUCUUGGAAGACAAAGAAGCAGCACACGAUGUCGCGUUCUUCAGCCGAAGCUGAAUACCGUUCUGUGGCUCAUACUUGUAGUGAACUCACUUGGCUCAAGGCGUUAUUGAAAUCUCUUGGUGUGUCCCACUCUCAGCCUAUGCGUCUUUAUUGUGACAGUCAAUCCGCGCUUCAUAUUGCUGUUAAUCCUGUUUUUCAUGAGCGCACCAAACACAUUGAGAUUGAUUGUCACUACGUACGUGAUCACAUUCAAUCGGGUGCUAUUAUCACUUCUCAUAUUCGCACAACGGCUCAACUUGCAGAUAUCUUCACCAAAGCGCUUGGACGUCCUUAG